CACCAUAAAAAAAACAAAUAAAGACUGCAAAAACCAAGAUUCCAUGCAAAUGGAGCAGCCCUCCAUCAUCAGCAGUAUGCCUCUAAUGCUCUCCAUUCUUUCCCUCUUAUCUCUCCAUUCUUUGUGGUCCAUCCAUGCUCUUAAUCAAGAAGGACUCUUCCUCCAACAAGUUAAGCAAUCUUUAUUCGACCCGGCGGGUUCAUUGUCAUCCUGGUUCGACCGUGAUGCCACCCCAUGCAACUGGACCGGGAUCACAUGUGCUCGUCGUGGUAAUGGACGUUCGCCUUCUCCCGCCGUCGUGUCUGUCAAUCUUGCUGGUGCAGCUCUUGCUGGGCCAUUUCCGAUCUUCCUUUGCCGUCUCCGUUAUCUUUCCGUUGUUUCUAUGUCUAACAACUCCAUUAACUCCUCCCUUCCUCUCUCUAUUUCCCUGUGCAAAAGUCUCACCUACCUUGAUCUCUCCGAGAACUUACUAGAAGGCCCCAUUCCUGACACCCUCUCUCAGCUUCCUCACCUCAGGUGUCUUAAUCUUGAUGCUAACUACUUAUCUGGGGAUAUUCCGGCGAGUUUUGGCGAAUUCAGGAGACUUGAAAGUCUUAUUCUCACUAGCAAUCUCCUGAAUGGAACAAUCCCUGCUUCUUUGGGUAAUAUAACGAGUCUCAAACGUCUACAACUGGCGUACAACCCGUUCAGGCCGAGUCAACUCGCUCCGGAACUCGGUAACUUGACGAACCUGGAGGACUUCUGGCUGACUAACUGUGGCUUAAUUGGUUCAAUUCCCGAAAGUUUUGCUAAACUGAGUCGACUCGCUAAUUUCGACGUGGCGGAAAAUGGACUCACUGGGCCGAUACCUACAUUGUUUUUCCAGCUGAAAAAUAUUGUACAAUUGGAACUGUACAACAACUCGUUCACCGGAAAGUUACCUUCGGGAUGGGCUAAUUUAACAGAGUUAAGACGGUUUGAUGCGUCGAUGAACAGGUUAACCGGGAGGAUUCCGGACGAGUUGUGUCAGUUGCCACUCGAGUCACUCCAUUUGUAUGAAAACAAGCUAAUGGGUGCACUUCCAGAGAGUAUGGCCAAGUCUCCAAAUUUAUACGGGCUGAGAUUAUUUUCAAACCGACUCAACGGGUCAUUACCGAGUGAACUCGGGAAGAACUCGCCUUUACAAACUCUAGAUGUUUCAGGGAAUCAAUUUUCGGGAAAAAUCCCGGAAAGUUUGUGUGCCAAGGGGAAAUUGGAGGAGCUUCUUUUGAUUUUUAAUUUAUUUUCAGGGAAUAUUCCGGCAAGUUUGGCAAAAUGCCGGAGUUUAGGUCGGGUCCGGUUACGGUUCAACCAGCUAACUGGAGAGGUCCCGGCUGAGUUUUGGGGUUUACCUCAUGUGUAUUUGCUAGACCUUGGUAAUAAUGUGCUAUCAGGCCACAUAUCACACAUGAUACAAGGUGCAAAAAAUUUGUCAACCCUUGUAAUUUCGAAUAAUAAAUUUUCGGGGAAUUUGCCGGAUGAAAUUGGAAUGCUAGACAAUUUGAUUGACCUUGAAGCUAGGCAUAACAAAUUUAGUGGGAAAAUUCCAAGUUCAUUGGUUAAAUUGGAGCAAUUAAGUAGGCUUGAUCUCUAUGACAAUGUUCUUUCUGGGGAAAUUCCAGAGGGAAUUCGGGCUCUGAAGCAGCUGAGCGAACUCAAUUUGGCUAGAAAUAAGUUGUCUGGUGAAAUCCCUGAUGAAAUUGGUUAUUUGCCAGGGCUUAAUUACCUUGAUCUUUCCUGGAAUAAUUUCUCAGGAGAAAUCCCACUUGCAUUGGAGAAUUUGAAGCUAAAUGAGUUAAAUUUAUCAUGUAAUCAUCUUUCAGGGACGAUACCUCCACUUUUUGACAAGGAUGUUUACAAGGACAGCUUUUUGGAGAAUCCAGGUUUAUGUGGUGGUUUUGCCGGCUUAUGUCCCAGAAAAAGAAGAGGCAGGGAUACAAUUUAUGGGUUGGUCCUAAGAUCAGUUUCUGUGAUUGGUGCAUGUCUUUUGAUUGUUGGACUCGUUUUCCUCAUCUGGAAGCACAAGAAUAUCAAGAAAGUUAAGAAAGGAGUCAUCAUGAACAAGUGGACAUCGUUUCAAAAGUUGGGAUUCUCUGAAACUGAAAUCAUCACUUGCAUUGAUGAAAAUAAUGUCAUUGGAAGUGGAGCCUCAGGAAAAGUAUACAAGGCUGUUCUCAGUGAUGGUGAGGUGGUUGCAGUGAAGAAGCUCUGGGAAAGAUCAAACAAAGACGACUCCAGUUUUUCGAGUGUCGAUUCUGAGAAAGACGAGUUUGAAGUGGAAGUUCAGACAUUGGGAAAUAUCAGGCAUAAGAACAUUGUGAGAUUAUUGUGUUGUUGCAGUAGCGGGAGUUGUAAGCUUUUGGUGUAUGAAUACAUGCCAAACGGGAGCUUGGGUGAUCUGUUGCACAGUAGUAAGGGUGGAUUGCUAGAUUGGCCGACUAGGCUCAGAAUAGCAUUGGAUGCUGCAGAGGGGCUUUCUUAUCUACAUCACGAUUGUGUUCCUCCAAUUGUGCACAGGGAUGUCAAGUCAAAUAACAUAUUGUUGGAUGAACAUUUGGGAGCAAAAAUAUCGGAUUUUGGGGUCGCCAAAAUUGUCAAAGUAGCUAACAAGGGUGUUGAGUGCAUGUCUGCGAUUGCUGGUUCUUGUGGUUAUAUUGCACCAGAAUAUGCAUAUACUCUGAGGGUGAAUGAAAAGAGUGACAUAUAUAGCUUUGGUAUUGUCCUCCUGGAAUUAUUGACUGGCAGAAGACCUGUUGAUCCAGAUCUUGGGGACAAAGAUUUGGCUACAUGGGUCUGCACAAAGUUGAACCAGAAAGGAAUUGAUCAUGUGAUUGAUCCCAAUCUUGCUUCCACUUACAAAGAAGAAAUUUGCAAGGUUCUUAACAUUAGUUUACUUUGUACUAGCCCUCUUCCAGUCAAUCGACCCUCGAUGCGCAGAGUGGUGAAAAUGCUGCAAGAGUCGAGUACACAUUGCAAGACUAAGACUGCAGAAAAAGAGUGUAAGCUAUCAACUUAUUCUUAUCAAGAUAAUUCCAAAGAGAGUAGCAUUGUUUGAGAGAAGUAGAGAGAUGCUCUUAAGUUAGGGCCUAUCAACAUGAAGAACAAAUUGUAGUAGUAUUAUUAUAGUUUCAGUGCCUCUUGGAGCAUGGGACAGAUGGCCCUUAGUUUUGAAAAAGGAAAGGGCUGGGGUAUUUCUCUUCUUAUAUUAGAAAUCAGAAUUUCGAACAUUAUAGGUUAGAGUAUUGAUUAGUGCAGUUGGAAUUGGGAAGUGUUACUUCUCCAGUAGUUGUGAAUAUGCCAUGAUAUGUAUAUGUUAGUCUCAAUGCACCUUUCUAUUGGCCAUCUGCUCAUCCAUGGAUAUACACAAAAGGCACUUAGGCCAAUUCAGCAGAGAUCACAACAAACAUUUCUGCUCACUCGGGCCUAAUUUAGGCUGUUGCUUUAUGUGAUAUAAGUAGUUGUCUUCCUCUGCCGGCCAAUAUUUAGUGAACUGGGGUCCUAAGCUGUAAAUGAGUCCAGAAAUCAGUUUUUCUCAAGAAAAUGACUAGAGCACAUACAUAUGGACCCCCAAUUCAAUUGACCACACUAGUUGAGGACUCAAUAAUCGGUGCCAGUGGCUACAUGCAAUCCUUCCUGUCCACAAUGAAAGUUAGAUCCUCGUGCAGCCACGAGUCAAUCCCAGUUGAGAUAAUGUAGUAUGCAAAAUUGAACUGUUUCAAAAAAGAGUUUCUAUUAAAGAAAUGCUAAGAGAUGCAAUCAAGUUGUGGUUGGCAAAUGCAGUGCUUGGGGAGUGAAGAGCGGUUGCUCUUGUUUUACCUCUUCAUAGUAUACGAGUCUUACAGCAUCUUGGCCUGCAGCUUUUGCACUGGAUUUUCCUUUGUGCUAGAAUAUUUCUUUAAACCUUUCUGCUUUUGGUAGUUUUUGUAUUGGCUGCUACUUGUAAUCGGUGUUGGUAAGUUUUGUAAUAGGCUUGUUGGCAAGAACAAGAAAGGUGCCUGUCUCCAGCACUGGCAGUACUGA